CUCCCCUCCUCCUCGCCUCUGCCUCACUGUCGCACAGCCAUGGCGGACAGCGCGAGCGAGAGCGACACCGACGGAGCGGGGAGCACCUCGGCCACCCCGAUGUCGUCCUCCGCUUCGAAUUCGGGCAAGCCGAGCAUCGUUAUCUCCCAGUUUCGCCUGGAGGAGCUCACCAACCGGCUGGCAUCCUUGCAGCAGGAGAAUAAAGUUCUGAAGAUCGAGCUGGAGACGUUCAAACUCAAGUGCAAGGCGCUGCAGGAGGAGAACCGGGACCUCCGCAAAGCUAGCGUCACUAUUCAAGCCAGAGCGGAGCAGGAGGAGGAAUUCAUCAGCAACACCUUGUUCAAGAAAAUCCAAGCCCUCCAGAAGGAGAAGGAGACCCUGGCUGUCAACUAUGAGAAGGAGGAGGAGUUCCUCACCAACGAGCUGUCCAGGAAACUCAUGCAACUCCAGCACGAGAAGGCUGAGCUGGAGCAGCACCUGGAGCAGGAGCAGGAGUUCCAGGUCAACAAGCUCAUGAAGAAGAUCAAGAAGAUGGAGAACGAGACCAUCUCCAAGCAGCUGACAUUGGAGCAGCUGAGGCGGGAGAAGAUCGACCUUGAGAACACUUUAGAGCAGGAACAAGAAGCCCUCGUCAACAGACUUUGGAAGCGGAUGGACAAGCUGGAGGCAGAGAAAAGGAUCUUACAGGAGAAGUUGGACCAGCCCGUGUCAGCCCCUCCAUCCCCAAGAGACGUUUCCAUGGAGAUAGACUCCCCCGAGAACAUGAUGCGGCAUAUCCGCUUCCUGAAAAACGAGGUGGAGAGGCUUAAGAAAAGCCUGCGCACCACCGAGUUGCAACACACGGAGAAGCGUGCCCAGUACAUCGAGGAAGAGCGACACAUGCGGGAGGAGAACAUCAGGUUACAGAGAAAGCUCCAGCGAGAGAUGGAGCGCCGGGAGGCUCUGUGCAGACAGCUUUCAGAGAGCGAGUCCAGCCUGGAGAUGGACGACGAGCGGUACUUCAAUGAGAUGUCUGCACAGGGUUUGAGAGCAAGGACGGUUUCCAGCCCCAUCCCUUACACUCCCUCCCCGAGCUCCAGCCGCCCAAUUUCACCUGGCCUCUCAUAUGGCGGCCACACAGUUGGCUUCACCCCACCGGCCACUCUGUCCAGAGCCGCCAUCUCCCACUACAACACCCCCGCCCUGCACGUCCACGGAAGCUCCUCCCACGCCGUAGCGAGGCCCUCCCCAAGGAGAAGCACCAGCCCUGACAAAUUCAAACGUCCGACCCCCCCACCUUCCCCCAACACGCACUCAGGGGCCCUGCAGCCUCAGCCUCCACCGCCCCCUCCGGCCCAGCCCAUGGUCCAGUCCAUGUCCUCCCCGGCAGCCAUGUCGCAGCACGCCUCUUCCGCCGCCGCACAGCCUCCUACUUCCCAGCCUUAACGCCGCACACAUUACACACAUACACACACACACACCCCUCCCACCCACCUGUUUCGGUGCACGAGGGCACCCACUGGAUGCCACGAUGCAAAAAAAACGCAGCAGCUUCCGUCAUUUACAGCUCUGGAAGAAGCGCUCAGAAGCAGUUUAAAGUUUUUUUUUUUUAAAGAGAGAGAAAGGCGACGGCAGGAAACGUGUGUGAUGCCGCACGUGCUGGCUAAUUGCUCUUAAACGGAAAUAAUUGCAGGAUUCGUAGUUCCUCCCUCCUGUCUUGUACAUGUUUUUCCUUGCUUUGGGACUGUAGCUGGUCGGAAAAAUUGUGGCGCUUUGUCGGAUAGCACAAAAAGCAUAUAGAGCUUUCACGCCCGCAUUAUUUUUUUUUUUUUGUCUUUGCGAUAAAUGGAUGUUUGGGGCAGCUGAUAUGGAUGUACGGCUACGGAAACGAGUGUUUUUAUGCCUAUAACGUGACACUCGAUUGCAGUAACGUCGUCACCCCAUCACGUAAACAUUUCGGCGUCGUCAUUCAGUCACGUUUAAGCACGGGCGAUGUCGUAGAAGACCAGCAAGGUGUCUUCGUCAUGGUGUGUCGGUCGCACAGAUGUCACAUCACAGGUGUUUUUGUUUUUUAUUCGAGGCUCUGCGGAUGAAAAGGAGGCACACACACACACGGGGAGCCGGGGUGGUGUGGGGUGCGGUUGGGGCGCGCACAUUGGUACAUAAACCACAGAUAAAUGUCGCCUUUAAGGUGUUUACCAAUGUAGUCUGAGGUGUUAGUCAUGUACUCUUCUCUCUGGUGUAUUUCUCAACGCUUCAUCAUCAUCAUCAUCAUCCGAUAACGGCAAAAAAAAAAAAUACAAAACAUUAUGCUCCUUACACUAAAUAUACAUACUGCUUCGACAUUCUAAAUGAAUGGUACUGUCAAACUUCAAUUUCUAUGUAUGAUUAAAAAGCUCUUGAGAUGAAGACGCAUCCACGUUUUCUCUUGACGCAUUCAUGCAGCUUGACAUGAUGGAAUUUGGUUAGUAGAUCUUUGUGCCUUUUAAAUAAAUCCAUGACACCGAAAACUGAAA